AUGGAUUACGACGAAGAGAUGACCGGGUCCGGUUACACUCCUGCUCUGUCAUCGAACUCUGGAAGUCGGACCCCACGAAAGAAUAAGGACCAGUCUCCACAGGAGGCCAUCAAGCAGUUCUGGGAACAGUUCAAUUCAAAGUUCCCGGGGAAGGUCUUCACCGUUCUGCCUGACAAUCCAUACGCGCGUACCAAGGCUGCGCGGACGCCCAAGGGAGUCGUUAAGGGCCAAGAUGCGGCCAAGUCGUAUGAACAGGCCCGGACGGAAUGCGUGCGCGUCGUUGAGCGGAUUGCCAAAGAGUGCCGGCGGGUAAACCAUAAGUAUACAGAUCCGCAUUUCGACAUCGAAGUCGACCUCAAGUCGGAUGUCCGAAACUGUCUAAAUGGACUGGGAAAGGGCAAUGAUGAGAUGCGCCCUCGUGGCGUCAAGAGGGUGACAGAGAUCUUUGAUAGACCACAAUUCUAUGUUAACGGACCGACGGCUUCGGACGUGCGACAAGGUCGUGAUGGUGACUGCUGGUUCAUGGCUGGAUUGUCCACCAUGGGUAAUAAGCAAGGCCUCAUCGAGAAAAUUUGCGUGGCUCGGGAUGAGAAAGUCGGUGUUUAUGGCUUUGUGUUCUAUCGAGAUGGCGAAUGGCAGCAGUGCAUCGUUGAUGAUAAGUUGUAUCUCCGAGCAGCCGAUUAUGAUGAAUCUGUGGAUGAACGGCCCAUCUGGGACGAUAUCAAUCGAGCCAACACAGAAGAGGAGUACCGCAGGGUGUGGCAGACAGGAUCACGAGCUCUCUAUUUUGCCCAAUGCGCAGACGAAAACGAGACCUGGCUGCCACUUCUGGAGAAGGCAUACGCAAAGGCCCAUGGUGACUAUUCUGCAAUUGAGGGUGGGUUCGUGGGUGAAGCCGUUGAGGAUUUGACUGGCGGGGUCACGUCUGAGGUACUCACAAGUAACAUCCUGGACAAAGACAGGUUCUGGAAUGAGGAGUUAAUGAAGGUCAACGAAGAGUUCCUGUUCGGUUGCGGCACUGGCUUGUUCUCUAACUGGCUGGAUCCCAAGUACAAUGGACCCCCAAGAGACAGAAAGGGAAUAUCCGAGGACCAUUCUUACUCUAUCAUGGACGUCAAAGAGGUCGACGGCCUUCGAUUACUGCGACUCAGAAAUCCUUGGGGUAAAAAGGAAUGGAAUGGCCCUUGGAGCGACGGUUCAGAACAAUGGACUCCAUAUUGGAUGGAAAAGCUCAAUCACAAGUUUGGGAACGAUGGCUUUUUCUGGAUAAGCUACGAUGAUCUGCUGAAGAACUACCAACAUUUUGACCGUACUCGCCUUUUCGGUCCUGAAUGGACAGUCACUCAACAAUGGACCACUCUGAACGUCCCCUGGUCUACAGCCUACCACAGCACAAAAUUCGUAAUCGAUAUGAACCAGCAGGGGCCGGUGGUAAUUGUUCUCAGCCAGCUCGAGAAACGCUACUUCAAAGGUCUUGGAAGCGAAUAUGACUUUGUGAUCCAGUUUCGAGUGCAGAAGGAAGGCGAAGAAGACUACAUUGUCCGUAGCCAGACCAGCUACCUCAUGAGCCGUUCGGUUAAUGUCGAGAUCGACCUCGAGCCUGGUCGCUACUACGUUCUGAUGAAGGUCACAGCUUACCGCAACAACGGCGCGGUCUCUACCGACGAGGCUGUCAGUCGAUAUGCUUCGACAAAGCGUGAAAAGCUCGUGCAAAUCGGUCUAUCCUACGAUCUUGCACACGCCAAGGGACUUGCUCCAGAGACUGAACAGGAGGAAAUGGAGAGAAAGGACCGUGAUCGUCGUCACAGAGUGAUAGAGAGGAGAAAACUACGCGAGGAAACACUGGAAAGGUUGCAGAGAGCAUGGAUCAGAAAGCAAAAACGGGCCGCUCGAGAGCAACGAGCUGAAGAGAGGCAGGCGAAAAAGGCCAGGCUCGGCAAUGAGCCUAGAGACAACAACAGCAGCAACGACGUCACGUCUGUAGCCGGCGAUGCACUCAACGGCAGAACUGCUGGGGUCAGCAGACGUGGAACUAACCCGCCACGCCCAGUUCUCGAUACACGUUUCCAUACGAGUGGCCUUAGUUCCAGCGAUCUGGAGUACUUGGACGGGUUCGAGUUUGACUCCGACAUCGACAUGCCUGCCGAGGAGCCUACCGCAAUAAAGCCUGCGCAACAUGCCCCAGGCUUCGAAAGUGAGAACAGCAGCGAGCGAUGGAACGCCGUCUGUGUUCUCGGGCUCAGGGUCUACUCGAAAGAUCCUCAAUUGUCUCUCCAGGUUUUGCGUCCUGUUCCGGAAGAUGACGUCGAAGCGGCUCUUGACAUAGACGAUCCGGCGGCUUCUGCUACGAAGGAGCUUAGCUUCUGGGGCCAUCGAAAUGUCUAGGAUUGAGUUUGUGAUAAAUGGCGGUUAUCGUUGAUAUCGGGAUAUGUACACAGACUGUUUUAUAUUUACAACCUAGUGGUUAACUAAUAUAUUGGAACCUCAAAGACUGUGGCCGCUGCUUUAGUAUUUUUUUCUCUCGAUAUCUUUAGCUACUAGAAAAAAACCUGAAACCAGAAUAAUAUACUUCAGAAAUGAUUGCACAUUGUUGUUAAAGAUG